AUGAAAAAGCUGAAACUCUUGAGGCUCUCGGGCUACUUUACGGCAGAGAGGCAGCUCCAGAGAGGCGGAUCUCUGCUCUGCCUGCCCGCAGCUGUAUACAGCGGUGCUCAGGAGUCAAGCCGCACUGAAACAAAAGAGGAGUGUGCUUUCAAAAUAAUAGCGAGAGAAUGGCAUUUUCAGUUCUUUUUUCCAUUUCCCUCUUGUCUGUCAGGUACAGAGAUUCCCUCCCAGGCAACUCUAGUGUUUGACGUCCUGUUGGUGGACAUUCACAACCCAAAAGACACCGUCACCGUGGAGAACCAGGUGGUACCGGAGUCGUGCUCUCGCAGGUCUGUGGUGGGAGAUUACAUCCGGUACCACUACAACGGCAGCUUCCUGAAUGGAGUCACCUUCGACACCAGCUACCAGCGGAACAGCACAUACAACACCUACAUAGGGAUGGGGUAUAUUAUUGCCGGCAUGGACCAGGCCCUGCAGGGAGUGUGCAUUGGUGAGAGGAGGAGGGUCACCAUCCCUCCACAUCUGGCGUAUGGAGAACAAGGAGCAGGUGAUGUGAUCCCGCCUUCAGCCGUCCUCGUCUUCGACAUCCACGUCAUUGACUUCCACAACCCCAACGACACUGUGAACAUCCAGAUCCUGUACAGACCUGAGGUGUGUAACGACACCACGGCGGUGAACGACCUCGUCCACUAUCACUACAACUGCACCCUGGUGGACGGCACGCUGCUCUUCUCCUCACACGACUAUGAGAACGUUCAGGAUGCAGUGCUGGGGUCGGAUAAAGUGAUCGACGGGCUGGACGAGGGCUUGAGGGGGAUGUGUGUGGGAGAGAAGAGGCUGAUCACGGUGCCGCCUCACCUCGGCCACGGAGAAAGAGGAGCCACUGGUGUGCCGAGCAGCGCUGUGUUGGUCUUUGACAUUGAGAUGGUGAGCUUUGAGAAGGGCGUUCCGCCUGGUUACCUGUUUGUGUGGCUCGAGGAAAGUCCUGCAAACUUGUUCGAAGCCCUGGACAUGAACAAAAAUGGAGAGGUGCCACAGGAAGAGUUUGGGGAGUUCAUCAAGCUGCAGGUAGCAGAAGGUAAAGGUCGCAUAAAGCCUGGACUGACUAUGGAGCAGAUCGUCACUGACAUGUUCCAAAACCAGGACCGAAAUAAAGAUGGCAUGAUCACAGGCAACGAGCUCAAACUAAAGGUAGAGGAGGACAAGGAGCGGGAAGAGGCCAACCACGACGAGUUGUGAGGAGGACAAAACGCCUUCACUCUCUCUCAGGGAUAAACCUCCAAGAUCUAAAAAACAAGCAACGAGAGACGUUUGCCAUACAGCAUCAUGGUUUAAUAUUUUUCGUACCACAUUGCACAGUGUUUUGAAAUGACCUGAAAACAGUGCAAAGGAUGUUUAGUGGAGUUGAGUGUUGUGUAAUGUGUUCUGUGUUUGAUAGCUGUUUUUCAGAAAACUAAACAAGCACCUUUAUAUGUCCUGAAAGUCACAUUAAUUAAAAUGUUUGUAAGAAAAACAAAA